GAAAGAGUGGGUGAGAGAAAAAAAAGUGUAGUGCGCCAGAUAUGGAACAAGGAGGUCAUGAGCAGAAGGGUGUGGUCGACUAACGGUUCUUAAUGGUUCCUGACUGACACACAGAGGAAUGAGACCGUGGAUGCUGCUCUGGAACUACGCGACAACUCAGGAUGGACACCGAGAUUCAGCUGAGCUGGAUGGCAAUAUGUCUGUUUCUCACACUACCAGGUGUGCCUACACAUGCCUCCUGUCCUGUUGAGCUCAACCCUCCCAGAGUAGUGGUGAGAUAUGGAGACUCCGUCUCAGUCAACUGCACAUCAUCCACAGACCCCGAGGGGAUGGGGUGGGAGGAGGUCACGUUCGGAGGUAUAGGUUUGCAAGAAAAUGUCAGCUUUGUCACCUGGACUGUGGGAAGCCUCAUGGACUGGACAAUAGAACCUAAAUGCUACAUCAAUCUACAAAAUGAAAGUCAGUGUACUGAGAUUCUCCCUGUCAUUCUCUACAAGACUCCAGACAGCGUGUCUAUCUCUCCUCUGAGCCACUCUGGUCCAAUGAUGGAGGGGAAGGAGUACCAGCUGCAGUGCGACAUCCAGAACAUCGCUCCUCUACAGAACCUGGUUGUGAGGUGGUACAAAGGCAAUGAAACUAUAGAGACUCAAACGUUUAAUGACUCCACAAAGGAACUAGUGAAUAUGUCCUCCACUAUCACCAUCACCCACAGAAGAUAUGAGGGUGAAGUGGAGUACAGAUGUGAGGCAGAGCUGGACCUGGGACCAGAGGAACCAAAACCUACUGCCUUGUCAUCAAAACCUCUUAAUGUUACUGUUUACUAUGCAAGGUGGGAUGAACCAUUCAAUUAUGACUACUACUUCCUCCGUGUUGUUGGUCUGUCUAUGGCUGCAACGCUCUUCAUCCUGGGUAUUAUGGUCAUUAGCUGUGAUAAAGUAUGCCGGAUGCCUAGGUGUCAUGUGGGCACAGGGAAGUCGUACCAAGUGGCCAGAGAGUAGUGAGGGAACAAACGUGUUACUGAGUGGCCUCAAGACACCAGAAGAGUUCAUCAGAGGGACAUGGUGAAACAACACUGAUGCAACAGACCUUAUCGGCCAUGUGCGUGUGUAUGUGUGUGUGUGAAAACGUUGUUGGACAAAACUCUGCAUCUCUCAUUUCAGAGAUAAGAACGUGAGAUGUGUUUCGUGUGCCUUUCCCACAGACUGCAAGUGAGACUCACUCAACAUUAUGAAAUUACCCCUCCCUCACUCUUCUAAAGACUUACCUGUAGUUUUGAAUGCAAGUUUUAUUAUACUUUGGCAAUCAUGUUUCUAUGUAUAUUUUCAAAUGCUUACAAAAUGUUACAGAAUACAUACUGUAGAUGUUACGUAGCUCAGAGGCGCCCCCAAGAGCACUGGAAGAGGUACUGAUCCUUUUUUUCUCAUAUCCCAGAGACAGCAAAUUUCAUGCCUAGCUUUUCACAGAUUUCAUGUUGAUUUUAUCUGUAGAUUUGUCACCAACGUGGAUGACAUGUUCUCUAAUAAAUCACAUACAAGUCC